AUGGCUAGCAAUGUGGAUGCUAAGCUGCUGAAGCAGACCAAAUUUCCGCCAGAGUUCAGCAAAAAAGUGGACAUGAGCAAGGUGAAUAUAGAGGUCAUGAAGAAAUGGAUUGCGGGAAAACUUUCGGAAUUACUUGGUGACGAAGACGACGUGAUCAUUGAGCUCUGUUUUGGCUUGUUGGAGACUUCGAGAUAUCCCGACAUAAAAGCUCUUCAAAUUCAACUGACUGGUUUCCUGGACAAAGACACGCCCAAGUUCUGCCAGGAGCUGUGGAACCUAUGCCUCAGCGCUCAAUCAAGUCCUCAAGGUGUUCCCAAGGAGUUAUUGGAAGCGAAGAAGUUAGAAUUGAAACAAGAAAAAUUGGACGCAGAAAGAGCCGCUGAAGAAGCACACAAAGAGAGAAGUCGGAUCGAAAUCGAGGAUUCCGUGAUGAUAGAGGUGGCCGGGGCUCGUACCGCAGAGGCUCGCGGUCUCCUCGGCGUCACAGCCCCGACCGACGUGGUGUACCUUCGCGCCGAGAGUUUGAUUCCUACGUACCGCGAGGCAAUCGGCAAAGCCGUCGAAGUCUUCGACCAAAAUCUCGUUCAGUAUCGCGCUCACCGUCUCUGUCCAGAUCACCCCCUCGUCGCUCGUACCGCUCAGAUGAACGCAACAGGAGACGCCCCCGAUCUGCAAGCAGGUCACCGUCUCCAGAUGGAAGGGAUCACAAAAGAAGCAGGCGACGAAGCCCACCACACGGUGAUGAUCGAAAUAGAUCUGUUGCCCGCAAUGAAUCGUCAUCACGCUCACCUAGUCCCAGAAGAACCCGCCGACGCUAUUCGUCAGUCUCUUCGCGCAGUUCCUCACGUUCACCAUCGCCGCCACGAACUCGUAGAAGACAUGACCGUUCUCCUCCUAGAGCUAGACGAAACACCUCUUCGGUUUCUGCAUCUCGCUCAAGGUCUCGACAGCCGGACAACAGGAAUCGUAGGAGGCGGUCAUCAUCUCGUCAAUUGGAUCGUAAAAGACGACCGCCGAUUGAGCCGGAGCACUUCUUCCAGACGAGAUCGCUCUGUUUCUCGCAGUGUCUCCCGCAGCCCGAGCCCAAGGGGCGAUAAGAAAAGACGUCGCUCGCUUCAGCGCUAUGCACCAGCCGGCAAGCGACGAUAUGAUUCAGAAUCUCCACAGGCAGAGAGACGAACCCCUGCAGAUGCGGAGGACGUCAAAAUGCGGGAUGGCGGCGACGCCAAAGGACCAACCAAACUCCGCCUGUCGGCGAACGAGCUUCGAGAGAGGGUGCUGAAAGAGAAGCUGAAAGCUAUGCGUCGUAGGGCGUCCAACGACAAGACGUAG